AUGAAGAGAAACCUGAAAGAAAAUUCAGCUCGUAGUACAGCAGGCUGUUUGCCUGUACCAUUGUUCAAUCAGAAAAAGAGGAACAGACAGCCAUUAACUUCUAAUCCACUUAAAAACGAUCCAGGUACCAGUACUGCUUCUGACAGUUAUGAUUUUCCUUCUCUACCUACAGACUGGGCCUGGGAAACUGUGAAUCCAGAAUCACCUCCUUCAUACGACACAGUGAACCCAGGGCAUAUACCCCCUUCAGUUUCUUGUCCCCUGAGAAAUCAAGAUUCUGUGUCUAAAUACAUUCAGUCAAAUACUGAAAGAAGCCAAAGUUGUUGGAGCUACAGAGAUGACAACAAAAGUACCUCCUUGAAAACUUGGGAUAAAAAUUAUUUUAGAUCUCAGUGUACAAGAACAAACCUGGUAGCAAAUGAUGGAGUAAAUUCAAUCGUUUGUCCAAUGAAUUUGGGAACUCAACAACAAAAACAAUUAAGAGUCUCUAAGCCCCUAAACUUAUCUGAUCAUAAGGAAACUGAGGCACUCAAACAAGCACGUUUAUCACAAAUACCUGUUUCCACAAUAAGAUGCCUGGGAAAAAAUAGUGCAUCACAGGCAUUUAAGCCCAACUUUCAACAAAAUCAGUUUAAGAAAAAAAUGUUGGACGAUACUCCAGAAGAAAACACUCUGAAGGAAGUUCCAUCAUGCCAGUUAAAGCUUAAGGAAAAACAUAAUUCUCUAAGAAUUAUUUCUGCAGUAAUUGAAAGCAUGAAGUUUUGGUGUGAACAUACACAGAAAGCUGUACUUCUUUUUGAAUUAUUGGCUGUCCUUGAUUCAGCUGUUACAUCUGGCCCAUAUUAUUCAAAGACUUUCCUUAUGAGAGAUGGGAAAAAUAUACUGCCCUGUGUGUUUUAUGAAAUUGAUCGUGAACUUCCAAGACUGAUUAGAGGUCGAGUUCAUAGGUGUGUUGGAAACUAUGACCCAGAAAAGAACAUUUUCAAAUGUGUUUCUGUCCGACCAGCAUCUGUUUCUGAACAAAAAACUUUCCAAAAUUUUGUUAAAAUUGUAGAUACUGAGAUGAGGUAUUAUACUAAAGUAAUGAAUGAAAUUUAG